AUGCGGCCAAAUAGGUGGGGGAAAAGGUUUUGCCAUAAUCGUGAUGGCAUUGGUGAGUCGUCACUAGCAACUUAUCAGCCUAAAGAAGCGAACAGGCGUAGUUGUACAGCCCUCUGCACUGUUGAUGCUUUGUUCUUGAACCGUCGGUUAGCCACGAUGCAGACCAGCGCUUUUACACGAAGUGAUACAUUAUUCGGCAUGCUUUUGACAAUAUUUCUGUUUGUCAAGUCAGACAUAAAAACUACGUUAAUUCCUAUCACGAUAUUCAGUGUCAGUUCAGCUCCCCUUUGCACCCCGCAUCGCAUUGUUCCAGUGGUUUGGUGGAUAUUUUUGCAUCUCCUGCAGUUCGACACAUCCAAUCAAAUACAAGAUGUCGAAGAAGACGCAAAAAACAAGCCCAUUCGCCCACUGCCAGCCGGUCUAAUCUCGCUGAGGCAUGCCAUCAUUCUUCGCUGGGGCUUAGUACCAGCUUGUUGGAUCAUAUCCAUCUUACACGGUGGUCCUGUGUUAUUUUCUAGCGUGGCUCUCGUGCUGUUUACUAUCUUAUACAAUGAACUACAAGCACACCGUCACUGGCUCACAAAAAACGUUGUAACUGCUAUAGGUUUUGCUUCGUUUGAAAUAGGAGGAACGUUGAUCGCAGGCUGUGAUGCGUCGCACAUGGACGCUGCAGCAUGUCUGUCUGUCGCGAUAAGCACAGCAGUGUUUGCUACCACCAUACAUACCCAAGAUUUCAAAGACGAGGAAGGAGACAGAUUAACCGGCAGAAUGACCUUACCGAUCGUGUCACCACAAUUGGGUCGUGCCUCGGUCUUGCCACUUCUUGCAUUUUGGUCGAUCGCUGUCAGCUUCGUGUGGGAGUUGACUUGGGCUUACAGUAUCCUGCUUCUGUGUUUCUCUGUGCUGAUCGGCGUUCGAUUCUUGUUAUUGAGAAGCAGGGCAGCGGACCAAACAUCAUUCCUUCUAUACAACGUGUGGUUGUCGGCAGUGCACAUGUUGCCAGGCUAUUGGCGGUACCUCCAGUAUCAGGACCCUUUCCUCAAAUAACCACUUCCAUGGUUUCAAUUAUGCUGCAGUUCAAAUCUACUUUAAGAAUGAAACGUUCAUUGACGACACUAUGUAAAAUACUCUUUCCCGUCACUGUUUGGUUAUAUACCAAUGUCCAUACUUAUAAUAUGUAGAUACUUACUCCGAGCUAUUGACCUUAGUUUUAGUUUUAUUGCCCCAAUUGUCCGUUAUUAUAAUAUACC